CCUCCGGGCCCCUUUUUCCCCUGUCCAAGGUCCGAGUGCGGCCAAGGGCACCAGCCGAGGGGACAGCUUCUCCACCCCCCCCUACACACCUGGGGAAAUUUACAGAUUCCUCAACUCUGCAGAGAGAGAGAGAGAGAGAGAGAAAGUCCUUCGACCACUGGCCAGUGCGGCAGGAAGCGAUGGCCGCACCAGGCCAGCGGUCAGCCAAAGCCAAGGCCGCUUUGCCUCCCCAUUACUACGAGGGCUUCUUGGAGAAAAAGAAUCCGUGGGACCAGGAUUAUAAGAAGUACUGGGCUGGUCUCUGGGGUUCCACCUUGUAUUUCUACCACACCAACAGAGAAUGUCAGUAUAUUGAGAAAAUUGAUCUGACUGACUUGGUCUCCCUGGCCGAAGACAACUGUCCAAGAAGUGUGAAUCCCACAUCUACAGAAAAACCAGGGCUGACUCUGAGGAUGCGGAACCAAGAAGUAAAGUUGAGGAUGGAGAGCCUGGAACAGCAGGAAAUGUGGAAAGGUUUUAUACUCACCAUGGUGGAGAUGAAGAUCCCGGAAUCCGUCUCGUUGCUGCCGGGACACCUGUACAGGUUGUCCGAAGCCUUGGAGAAGGAGCAAGAGAGGCGAUCCAACCUCAGCGCGACCCUCGAAAGGGAAGAGAAGCUACCCAACUGUUUCUUCCAGGUCUCCAGAAUGGAAGCUGUGGCCCUUCUGGAGCAGAACGAAAAUUACGGCAACAUGUUGUUGCGUCCCGGACAGGAUGGGAAGAGUUUCUCGUUGACCGUUCGGCAGAAAGUGCAUGGAGCCGUGAGCGUCAAGCACUAUAAGAUCAACGUGGUCGGUGGGGAAUACAUCAUCGUUAUGGAAAAGCCGAAUUACUGCUCCUCCCUCAUGGCCGUUCUUGACUUCUUCAUCACCAAGACGAAGGGAAUCUUGGUGCCACUGAGUGUGGAGAAGAGCUACGCCAUGGCGCUGGAGGUCAUGGAGACGGAUCAGGAAAGCGAGCAGAGCGUGUCGGGGUCCCUCUUGCAGACUGAAGACCCCCAACCACCUGGCAAACUUGUGAAACAAAAGAGCGUCGAAUCGCUGAAUUCUUGGCCGUCCCCGCCUCCUCCAUUGCCACCGAUCGUGCCGAUCCCGUUUCCGCGUCGGGCGUUAGCCCCCCAACCGAUACAUGUCUACGAGGAGGAAGACCCUCCGCAGAAGACGUACGUGAACAAAGAAGGUGCAGCGUGGGAUCAACCCGGGGACCAGGAAGCGAGGUGGAAAGGGCCACCCCCGCCUGUUCGUGUACCUCCCAAGCCACCGAAGAAGCCACCGAAGCCAGGCAGCUUACUGGAGGGUAAAUCUUUCCCCAGACAUGCUAUAACCUCCACCAGAGAGAAGACUCCGUUAUUUAGAAGCACCACUGCUGAGAUGACCGAAGAGCUCAAACGCAAACUUCAGGAACGAAGGGCCAGGAUGGAGAAUUAAAAGACGGUGGACAUUUUGAUUAAAGAAUCAACCACGGUGACAAAAAAGAGACGAAAUGGCUGAACUCCCAAGCAAAUCUACCUCUGGAUCCCUCUGGAUCUGCUCUCUUGGGCGAGCCAGCGAUCCUGUUUUGUGGGAGGAUCCGAUCGUUUAACGGAUUGGAUCGGAAAAACCCACCCUUGACCUGCCUUUGAGACCCUCCUUCGUAGCCAUUGGCCGGGCUGCUGUGAUGUCCACAGCCAAGCGCAGCUCCUACAGUUAAAAGUUAAGAGGGGAGUUGGAAGGGGAUUUGAGGAGGAUUCCUAAAAGCGGCAUGAAGAAAUAACCGAUCAGUCUCGGAUCCAGGAAAUAAUUAACCAGUGGAACGACUUGCCACCAGAAGUUGCAGCUGCUCCGUCACUGGAGGUUUUUAAAAAGAGAUCGGACAACCGCUUGUCUGAAAUGGUAGAGGGUCUCUGUCGUGUCCCACUCCUCCUCUGACAGCCGGGUCGGGGAAGUCCAUAUCAAGCGUGCCUCUGCAGCUUUGCCAAAUUCCUGUCAGAGUUCUCAGGGCAGGCAGGAAUCCAAGAUGUGACUUCAGUAAACCAGAUGAGACUUUGCUUGACUUAAGGAAUGCCAAAAAGCAGAUCCUUUAUAUAGGCCAUGGGGUGUGGCUCCAUGACUCAGCACUUAUCCAGGCCUGCCCCUCCCUUCCUUUUGCUGACGUCGCCUCUCCAUUCUCUGGAAGCGGGGAUCUGUCCACCCUCCAGCUGCCGGCAAUUCUAGCUCAUGACUGGCUUCAUACUCUUCAUGUUCACAUGCUGUGGGGGAGGGGCCCAUCUGCUCUGUUUGUCCGGUCAUGGUGCCAGGACUGGAGGCUGGAGGCAUGUCAGGCCAUUCGUCUUGCUCGGUCUGUCCGGGCAUGGUGCCAGGACUGGGGUCUGGAGGCAUGCCAGGACAUUCUUUUGCACUAUCAGCAUCCGGCAGGAGACGAGAGGGGCCUGGCUGCGGAGAGGGGGGCGAGCGAGGCACAACAGUCUCCUUCCUGAGCAGGGGGGUUGGACUAGAAGACCUCCAAGGUCCCUUCCAGCUCUGUUAUUCUGUUAAGGCUAACUGGGCACUUGAGAAGAGAUCAGCAAGGGGAAAAAAAACAUAUGUUUGGGCAGGUACCAUAAUGAGACAGGGGCAAUGAAGAGGGGCAGGGACCACAAUUCUGCUUCCAAAGUUUGAGGGUGUAGGAUGAAAUUGCUCUAACAAAUCAAGAGGUCUAGAAGAUCAAGGGGAAUUUACAGGACCCUUGGAAUAUUCUUGGAUGGAUGAACUUCACAUUAUUCCUGCAAAAUUAAGCUUUUUGUCCCAGGGGUGAAAUCUACAUUUUUUUUGGCUACUGGUCCUGUGGGCGUGGCUUGGUGGGCGUGGCUUGGUGAGUGUGGGGUCAUGUGACUGGGUGGGCGUGGCUAUGCAACCAUGUGACUGGGGGAUCAAAAGACAGAAACUCACUAACAAUGUCCUGCUGGAGCAGGGUUGGACUAAAUGACCUCCAGGUCUCUUCCAGCCCUGGAUUAUCCUCUGAAGCUGCAUCUAGUGCCAGGUUUGUACUCCUUCCUUCCUCUCCUUUUUCUUCCCUCCCUCCCUCCCUUUCUUUCUUUCUUUCUUUUUCUCUUUUCCUUCCUUCCUUCCUUCC